AUGGCAAAGACUUCAGCAACAAAACGUAAGAAUGCAGAACUGAUUAAAAAAACAUCGCGUUUGUUAAAACACGAGAGAUUAAAUAAUAAACAAAAAGAAGCAUAUACAUUACAUAGUAGAAAAUUUACCAAAUAUAAACGUCUACCCAUCAAUGUAUAUAGCCGUAAUGCACAGUGGAGUAUUGAUUUAGCAGAUUUGCAUAACUUAUCAAAAUUUAAUAACCAAUAUCGCUAUUUGCUUGUGUGUGUUGAUAUUUAUUCCCGUUACGCUUUCGUGCGCCCGUUAAAGACAAAAACGGCACGUAAUGUGUCAAAUAAAUUUGAAGAUAUACUUAUCAAAGAAAAAGAAAUUCCUGUGAAAAUUCAAAGUGAUGAGGGGACAGAAUUUGCACUGAUAAAAAGAGAUUUGUGUAAAAAAUAUGGUUUCACCCUUUUUCAUACGUACAAUCGGGAAACGAAAGCUGUGCAUGCCGAACGAUUUAUCGAAAUGCUUAAGCAGAGUAUUAUGCGUUCAAUGACGGGGUUGGAUCAAGGUUACGGAUACAUCCAAAAUUUGAAAUUGAUUGUCGAACGAUAUAACGAAGCGCCUCACAGAGGCUUAUAUAAUUUGACACCUUUUGACGUGUACAAACGGGGUAAACAACCCGACACAUUCCGAAGAUUGAAAGCGAUGUUAAAUGAUAACCCGACACCUGUACGUCUAUUAAAACAGGGUCAACAUGUGCGGAUUGCAAGAAUUAAAAAUAAUGUUUUUGAAAAAUCAAGUUUGAGACGAUGGGUGAAGGAAAUUUUUCGUAUUAAAAAGGUGUACAUAUCCGAUCCUGUUACGUAUUCGCUUGAAGACCUGAAGGGUGAAGAAAUCACGGGAAUUUUCUAUCGUCGUGAAUUGCAACCGAUAUGA